AUGAGUCUACCUGCAGAAGGAAAGCCUCAAGUUCAGCUGAUAUGCGAGAGGCUGAUAGACAAGUUUGCAUCUCGACUUGAAAAAGAUAAAACCCUCGAUAUUCCUCUGGAGACGAGAGAAGAGUUCUUGCGGAAGGAAGGCAGAGGGUUUGGCUUGCAGUCCGAACGCUCGCCAGGGGAAGAGACUCAAAGCAACAGGGGGAGGCGCGUAAACGCUGGCGACUCGGAUGAUGAGUUCGCUGAUGCAAAUUUGGAUACAUUAGGAUAUCGCGGCCAGCUGAUAGUUCUCGUCGAAGGCCAGGAAUUCCCCUUCAGCAGAAUGGAUGCUGAUCUGCGUGAAAUAUGA